AUGGCGCUCCAUUUGUACGCAAACAUCAACCCCGGCCUCACCCUUGCCAACUUCUUUGCCAGAUACCCGCAGGCCUGUGCCCAGAUCCCGACCCUCCUCGCCCCCAAAAUCUUCCAGUGCAUCCAAGUCCUUACCGACCACGCCGGAAGACCCUUGAAUGUCAAGGUCUUCGGCAGCUUGGUCAGACCCUCGCAUAAGGCUCCCUCCCCGCUCUCUGCUCCUUGA